AUGGAUACAUCCGAUAGCAAUGCAAACGAUAAUGAAGCAACGCAACAGAGUCCAAGUUCAGAGGAUGGCACCAGCUCAAAUGACCCCGGAAAAAUGUUUAUUGGUGGUCUUAGCUGGCAAACAACAGCUGGUGAUAAUAUUGUAUGUGAUAUGCUACGGUUCAAAAUAUUAGGUUAUUUCUCCUUUGAUAACACUCAGGUUGGGCAUUCAAUAGACAAAAGCCCACAAAUAGUAGUGGCACAUGAAGGACUGCGAGAUUAUUUUGGUAAAUUUGGUGAAGUAAACGAAUGUAUGGUAAUGAGGGAUCCAGCAACUAAACGGGCCAGGGGUUUCGGAUUUAUAACAUUUACUGAUCCGGCAAGUGUUGAUAAAGUGUUAGCUCAAGAACAGCAUGAACUCGAUGGCAAAAAAAUUGAUCCAAAAGUCGCAUUUCCGAAAAAAGCACAACCGAAGAUGAUAAUUAAGACGAAGAAAGUGUUUAUUGGUGGUUUAUCAGCAACUUCAACUCUAGAAGAUAUGAAGAAUUAUUUUGAACAGUAUGGAAAAGUUGAAGACGCGAUGCUAAUGUUCGACAAAACGACCCAGCGUCAUCGAGGUCUAACUUUUUCAUUAGCCACAAUAUUCUCCCACAAAUUUAUUGAGUUUGAAGAGGGAAAAAAUAGCGGAACAUUUUUUUAA